UUGUUUCACCUUAAAACAGUUCUAUUCCAGCAACUGGUGUCAGCGGACGAGAAAACCGAAUGAGAUUGCUCCGCGCAGGGUUUUAUCUACAGAAUAUUUAAUUAACUUAAAAAAAGAACAUGGACGACGGAUCAUCAAAGCAGACAGGAGUACUCUUCGAGGCAGAUGUGGAGACAAUCGAUGGAGGACUGGCCAUUGAUACUACACAAUUUAAGCGGGCUGAGGAUCGAAAGUUGCCUUGGGUCUGGCGAAAUAUAUUACUUUUUGCCUAUGUCCACCUGGCAGCCCUAUACGGAUUGUACUUAAUAUUCACACAAGCAAAGCUUGCCACAACAUUCUUCGCUGCCGUCCUUUACUGUUGCGGCAUGCUGGGAAUUACGGGAGGUGCCCAUCGACUGUGGGCCCAUCGCUCGUACAAGGCCAAGUGGCCUCUGCGCCUGAUCCUAAUCGUCUUCAACACGGUGGCCUUCCAGGAUGCCGCUUACCACUGGGCCCGCGAUCAUCGGGUGCACCACAAGUUCUCGGAGACGGAUGCUGAUCCGCAUAAUGCGAGUCGAGGCUUCUUUUUCUCACACGUCGGCUGGCUGCUGUGCAAGAAGCAUCCGGAUGUAAAGGAGAAGGGCAAGGGCCUGGACCUGUCCGACCUGCGAACCGAUCGCAUUUUGAUGUUCCAACGCAAGCACUACUAUGUCUUGAUGCCGUUGGCCUGCUUUAUCCUACCCACAGUUAUUCCUAAGAUGUGCUGGGAUGAAUCGAUGACGUGUGCUUGGUUCGUGGCCACCAUGUUCCGUUGGUGCUUCCAGCUAAACAUGACCUGGCUGGUGAACAGUGCGGCUCACAAAUACGGUGGAAAGCCGUACGACAGGUCAAUGAAUCCCUCAGAAAAUAUUGGCGUUGCGGCCAUGACUUUUGGCGAAGGCUGGCACAACUAUCAUCACGUGUUCCCCUGGGAUUAUAAGACGGGCGAGUGGGGAAACUAUUCCCUGAACCUGACCACUGCAUUCAUCGACUUAUUCGCCAAGAUUGGCUGGGCCUACGAUCUUAAAUCGGUUUCUCCGGAUAUCAUUAAGAGGCGGGUUCAGCGUACUGGCGACGGGACCCAUGAGCUGUGGGGAUGGGGCGACAAGGACCUCUCCGCCGAGGAUGCCAAAGACGUUCUAUUUGUUGAUAAGAAAAAAGACUGAUGGCUAAGGGGGCAUCUCAAUCGUAUUCAGAUAAGGUGCAAAUUUCUGGUAUGCUAAAAAAUUUGUUCUUGUUAUUAGUGUAAAUGUCAUUCUCCUUAUUUUACAUUACAUUUCCAUUGAUCGUUUGGGAAAAGAGUAUAUAAAUAUAAACUUAUAAUAAUAUGUAAA